ACUACCAGGCACAAGGCAGAGAAAGAGAAAGAAAGAGCUGUGGACAGGAGAGAGGAGAGGACAUCAGAAGUGUAGUGAAGCUGUAGACAAGACGGGGGAACCUCUGGAGUCAACAUUCAAAGGCAAAGGCAACCUUGACUGUCCUACGCAGUCUUUACGAUCGCACGCGCUCUUUCGUUCUAUACACAGCCACAUACACACUAGCUUUUCAUUUGUCACACACACGUGCAAACCACAGGCACGCGCACGCACACACAUCCACAACUUUGCACGCACAGCGAGCAGCAACAUGUUCGAGGAACAGGCGACCAAGGUCAAGAUCACGUCUGUGGUGAUCUUGGUGGGCAUGUCCUCCAUGCUGGCGGCGGUGGUGACCGACCACUGGGCCGUACUCAGCCCCCGGGUGGAGAAGCUCAACGCUACCUGCGAGGCGGCCCACUUUGGCCUCUGGAGGCUCUGCAAGAAGAGCAUCUUCAUUGUCGAGGAGGACCCUCAGGGCAAAGGCUGCGGCCCCAUCAGCUUACCUGGAGCGAAGAACUGUUCCUACUUCAAACACUUUACCUCGGGGGAAGAAGCUGAGGUUUUUGAAGUCAAGACCCAGAAAGAGUACAAUAUCUCAGCAGCAGCCAUCGCCAUAUUCAGUCUGUUCUUCAUGAUCCUGGGCACCCUCUGUGUCAUCUUCUCUUUUGGAAAAGGGCGGGACUACCUGCUCCGGCCUGCUGGGAUGUUCUUCGCCUUUGCAGGCCUUUGCAUCAUCAUUUGUGUCGAGGUAAUGCGCCAGUCUGUCAAGCGUAUGAUUGACAGUGAUGAGACCAUCUGGAUUGAAUACUACUACUCCUGGUCCUUUACCUGCGCCUGCGCCUCCUUCACCCUGCUCAUCCUCAGUGGAGUUGCCCUGCUCCUCAUCUCCAUGCCCCACAUGCCACGUAACCCCUGGGAGACCUGCAUGGACGCUGAGCCUGACACCUUAGAUUAGCCAGACACACGUUUAAAGGCCUGGUUAAAAUGGCAUGAAAAUACAAGUGGUUUUGCAUCUUUUAGCCCUUUAAUUACUGCAAGCCAUUUUCAAAAGCAUUCAAGUUUUUAGCUUCAUUUCCCACCUUUCUUGUCUAUUGAUUUCAGGUCAUGUUAGUAAUAUAUUAAAAUCAACUUAUGAUAGAUAACCAGCCAGAGCAAAAACAAUGACGUUCACAUCUUCAAAGCAGUUGGAAGCAGCAACUGUUUUGAAAACUCUUCCUUGUUGGUGUGUUUAAGUGCUGAGGAAUAAUUAAGUAGCAUCUAAAACUUAAGAGUUGUCUGCCGAACAGCACCUUUUUUAAAGCAAAAAUUUACCAAACUCACAUUAUGUUUUGGGUUUUUUUUACAAGGUCUAUAUGUGUUUUUUUUAUUAUUAUUGUGUUAGGGGUUUGGUUUUGUGACAACAUAUCUCAUAAAUGCAAAGCUUGUCAGCAACAGUGUCUCAGAUUUAGCAUGUUGGAGCUUUCCACAAGCACCUGAACACACCAACACACCAAGUUGGCCCUGCUAGUAACUGCCUCAAUAAGUGACCAAAUAAGUAAAGUUAUUAGUAGCAUUUUGCUAAUUGAUUUUCAUACUAUACUAAACCUAACUGGAAGCAGUGGACACCUGGAAAUCAAGAAAAGAUCGAUCUAGACGUAUGGUAUAUUUUAGAAAAUGUAUAAAACAAUUUGUUGUAAAUGUGUUUAACAUGAAGACUGAAUCGCCCUUUAAGGCUUGAGUGGACAAGGGUCAAAUGCCACAUUUAAGAGUAAACAGAAAGGUCGUUAGUGGCUAAUCUGACAACAUCUGAACUCUCAACAACUGCACCUGAUAUCUGCCACUCAGAUGAUCUUUUUUACUGGACCAAACCUGGAUAAAACUACACAAUAUGAUAACAAACAGGUUAGAUAUGACUUAAUAAAUCUGAAUCUAAUUCCUGAGAUAGAAAUAAAAAAAUGUCCAGGCAAGAUUUAAGACUGGAAUAAAACUUUACCACACCAAAGCAGAUAAAGGCGCUGAGCAAUUGCACUGUAAUGCUUUGUUUAAAGUUGUGAAUCGUUAUAAUGGGCUACUGUCACUGCAGUCUUUUCUUUUCUCCAAGGACUUUCUACAGUCAAUCCGUACCAUUGAUUGUCUAGAGAGAGACCACUUGCCUGAUACUCCCUUGUUGACAUCAGUCAUUUAUUUCAGGUCAAUGUUCAAGACCCCAGGUAACUUAAGUCGGGAUCUCCAAUCCAUAAUACUGCCCGUAGUAUUUGCUGAGCCUCGGGGUUACGCUUUAUAUGUCAGCAAAUGUAGGUUUUCUGCUUUUAGUGGGCAUUUUAAAAAAUAGUUUUAACAUCAGAAAUAUGCAAUACAAUAUACCAAGUUUAGAAAAUAAUUGACCAUUUGAUAACGCCGUACCCUGAGCAGUUAUUGUCCAAUCAUAGCUUAGUAAUGGUAACCACACGGCAGGUCUGUCAAGCUAAAGAUUUGCCACAUGUUGAAGUGAUGUGUAAAGGGCUGUAAGAGAUAUACCCUGUAUCCAAAACCAAACAUACAAGCAAGAAAUGCAUUAAACAGUGUGUUUAUCUGCUCUAACAUGAGCUGCAGACAUUAACAGGUCUGACUACAGUAUAAUAACAGUUAGCCAACCCAGCGUUAUACCCAAAGCCAGCAACAUUUCAUGAUUUUGUGGAGUUGCAGGUUAAAUAAUAAUAAAGAAAACACAUAUUCUUUUCUGGCACAUUAACUGUGUAGCUCCAAUUUCCUGACAUUGUGACAGUAGGUCCCGGAGGCCACUGUAUCAGAGCGUAGGCUAAUGUUAGGGGCUCUGGCUCCCAUCGUUGCCAUGUCCAACAAACACAAUGGGUAACUUGUAAUAUUAAAUGUGAAACAUUGAUAAAACUAACUAUAAAUUGAACACACUUGUCCAAGUAUACAUAAACAAUGCUUUUUAUUUGUUUCCAUGUCUUUUACAUGGAUCAGCGACUCGUUAGUAUGCUCACUUUUUGUCUGGGACAUGUAGCUUUACCCUCAGUCUUUAAGCACAAUGUCAUGAAUGCAGCCUCCAACUUCUUAUUUAAGAUUCCUUUAAAACAUGUAAAAUAAUCAUCCCCUCUCUCUCCACCCACCCUUCCUGUCUCUCUACAGCUGUCUGUUAAAUGAAUCUGCAGUACAUUAAAUAGCUGGAGACAGCAUGAAGCUAUCGUUAACUUAAUUAGAUUCCCCAAGAAAUGCUAAAAUCAAUGAAAGUUGUCAUUUCAGCAGAGAAAACUGACGACCGCUGACUUGAAAUGAGAAGCCUGCUUUUGUCUGGCUUUGUCUGAAAUCAAUGGCUGGACCAUUGUUGUGGAAAUUACUAAGAAUUGUCAAGGUAAAUCUGUAAUUGUUAUCACUGUAAACUGAAUAUGUGCAAAAAUGAAAAGCUUGACAGGCAUAGCAACAGUAACUAAGGGGGGCUUAGCAAAUGGUCAAUUGAAUGUUUGCAACAAAAUAUAAAAUACAUGACAUACAUUACAUAAACUACAUAACAUACAUCCAUAGAGAAUUUCUUUCAUAUUUAGAAAAAAAUAUAUAAUUGUUUGUGGAACUUUUUUUUUUUUGCAAUGUUGUAUUAAAUGAUGUAACUUUUCUUUUGGGGCCAUAAAUGCCUAAGGCUAAUAUAUUUAGGAUAAGUAUGACACAGAUGACUUUUCAUUUAAGUAUUGCCUAUGAUUGUAAAAUGGUACCUUAAAGCUUAAAGAUCUUUUGUGUUCUGUAGACAACAAUAUUGUUGCUAUCAGUCGCUAAUUAUUUUCAUGUUCAAAAUCAUAAACAACCUUUUCAAUUCUAGUUAAAACCAAUAAAAAACAUCAGGUUUCAUCUGACAGCAGUCAUUUUUACUUGGCUCUUUUUCCUGCGUAGAGUUUACACAAGGGUCGUAUAUAUUGUAGGCAAAACAGUCUUCUACGUCUAGCAUGUUAUUUUUCAGUGAGUCACCCUAGCCCCGAUGUCAUUCAGCCAUGGUGCAGGUGCAGUGAAAUUAAAGUUCCAUAAAUGACGCUGUUUCACAGGGGAACACAAGAGGAAAUGAUUACAUUUAGCUCUGAGGUCCUUCUGAGAGGAAACAUUUUCAUUUUUCUUACUGCAAUCACAAAAGUUCCUUGGUCAUUGUACAGGUUUGUAUUUUAGAAAGAUGAAACAAUACCUGUAUGUUGUUGUUUUUUUUUUCAUUUUAUUGACUAUUUUAUAUAACCUACAGAGGUGGAUCAUAAGAGAUGUUUAAUAAAAUAUAUACAAUAAACCUGUAGGAGUUUUUGUGGGGGGAAAAAAGACCAGAGUUUAGUAUUUAUGGCAAACAAUACACCUGAUUUGUAUUUUAUUUUAGAUUUGUAAAUGCUCUGAAUAAGUAUGUGUCCAUGAUCGUCUUUUUUCAAAAGAACUAUAAUAAAAAAUUACCACUAACAAGGUCAAUAAUGCUGUUUUAUGUUGCUAUGACUUCUUCUGCACAGGUCUUUUCCACAUGUACCAUCAGUCUUCUACCAAUAAGCCGGUAUCAUCAUGUUUGUUCCCCUCUGUUUCCAUUACUGUGGAAAUUCUGUUAACACAUAUGAAAUAAAGCAGGGU